AUGGAUCUGGAGAUCUCCUCUGCUGAAGUGACAGACUCUGUUCUGUUAUACUGCGCUUUGUAGCCCACAGUGACAGGAAACACUUCAUCAUACAAAAAGCUGACAGUCUGACACAAAAAUGAGGGAUGAACAAACAAACAAAAACAGCAGCAAAAACAAGACAUUUUCAGACAGAAAUGAGGUCUAAAAUAAUCUGAGGCCAAUAAGAGCUGAAAACCCUUAACCACAAACCACAGAAGAAGAGUUACAUAUCCAGUUAUCAGAAGAGGGGCCUCAUAGUCAAACACUGGUAUAGGCUGGGUAUACCUGCAGACAUGAGGAUGUCUCUGUAGAGGAUCUACUCAGCUCCCUCACUGUCUUAUCUCUCAGUUGGUUUAUCUAGUCUGUGUCAGGAUGUCACUCACAUUACUGUUGCUCCUCUCUGUGUUUGUAGGUGAGUGCUGAAUUCUCAGUUUAAACCAAAUAACAUUUUGAAUACGAGAUUGCUUUUGUCAAUGAAUUAUUGCAUUAAACACUAAGUUGCAUUUUACUGGAAAGUUUCAAUUCUUUCUCUUGUCAUAAUUUAUGGGCACCUAAUCCAUGCCUUUUUUCUCAUUAGGAAUCAACAUUAACACAAUUACUAUACUUAUUUGUUGCAGCUGAUAGUACAGAGCAGGAAACAAUAACUCCAGUGAAGCCUGAAGUCAAUGUUCUCCAAGGAACAGACAUCACUCUCUCCUUCAACUACAACGGCAAUGUUAACAAUCUCCAAUGGUACCGUCAAUACCCUGGAUCUAGACCAGAAUGUCUUCUUUUGAUCCUACAAACAUACAAGUAUAUACAGAAUACAUCAUUUACAACUCCACGACACACUGGUAGACUGAAUGAAGAGAAGACCUGUGUUCACUUCAUGAUCUCCUCUGUUGAAUUGGAAGACUCUGCUCUGUACUACUGCGCCUUGCAGCCCACAGUGACAGGAAACCCAGACACACUGUACACAAACCUGUCAAGAUCCUUGUGGAUAAACAGUGUCUUGGUGGAGACAUUGUAUUCUGAUAGAUCAGUUAUUAUUUAGAGUACAUUAUUACUAAUAUUUCCCUGCAUUUCCACAUCAACUGAAAAAGAAGAAAUAAUACGUAUUUGAUAUAAAUAUUAUUCAGGAAAUAAUACUAUAUAUUGUCUGCAUCUUCCUGUUGUGAUAUAACAUGAUCAAAGAUACUAGUCUGAAUAAAUACAAAAUGAAGAACAUUUUUUGUAUUGUUUUGUUCCUUAGAGCAGGGGUUCCCAAUUAUUUAUUUCAGGUAGCAUUUACGAGGAGGAAAUAAUAUCAGCCACAACUGAAGAGCGUAUUUAUGAGAGUGAUGGUUUUACUCUGUCCUGCAACUACACUGGCUCUUACAGUACUGAUACUUUACUGUGGUAUCAACAAUACCCCAGAUCAAAACCAGAUUUUCUGCUUCUCCUCAAUGAAGGAGGGUUAAAGACACAUAAUGAAUCGACCCACCCUCGACUGUCUGUUAAAUUGACCCAUGUGGAUCUGGAGAUCUCCUCUGUUGAAGUGACAUACUCUGCUCUGUAUUACUGUAAUAAUAAUAAUAAUAUGCCAUUUAGCAGACGCUUUUAUCCAAAGCGACUUACAGUCAUGAGUGCAUAAAUUUUUUGUGUAUGGGUGGUCGUGGGGAUCGAACCCACUACCCUGGAGUUACAAGCGCCGUGCUCUGCCAGCUGAGCUACAGAGGACCACCUCUGAAGCCCACAGUAACAGGACACCCAGAAACACUGUACAAAAACCUGACAAAAUACAGUAUACUGUAGGAAAAAAGCCAUAACAGAAAACAUUUAAUGUUGGUGUCAAGAGGAGGGGCUGGAUAAUCAAAGAUCCACAUGUAGCUUAUGGGAUACAAAUAACAUUUGUAGUGAAAAUAUGUCAAUCAUUAUUUGAAUAUGUUGGUAACCCAUUGUAUAAAAGUGAAAAUGCCCUGGAAGUUGUUGUUUGGAGGAUAUAUUGGCACGAGACGAACACUCUCGGGCAUUAUCACUUAAUUAUUGCUCUCAACAUGGACCUGCUCAGCGGUCUGGUCCUCUGGCGGUAAAUCCAUGUACUGCACUCUUUAGAGGAGCAAAAACAUAGCUAAAGCUACCUAACUGUCUGUUAUGGGCCAGGCAAACAUAAAAAGGCUCUUACACUGUUUUGGUCUGGGUCACUAGAUAUGAAAAGGAAUUAAAGUUUGCACAUGUAUUGUCGUGUACCAUGGUGUGGAUGUAACUCUUAACUCCUCCUUCCUCUGCUGGCUGCGACGUCUCUCAGCUCUCUUCCUCUUGUUGCUCUUCCUGUCCCGUCGACUCUCCGUCUUCUUGGACUCCUGCUCUCUCCAUCCCAGAACCUGUUGUAGCUCGGCGGGGGUGAGAGUUACAUCCAUCCCAUGGUUCACGACAGAAUAAUAAUUCAUUAUUCAUGUGAGGAUAUAGUGGCUUUAUUCUCAGAACUUCCUCAACAUUUAAAUGCGGUCAGCAAUGUGUAGGUAGAGUAUAAAGGGUCUUUCUUUAUAUUUACCCACAAACAGCCGUUUCUGCAGCUCCUGGCUGAUCUUCAGGUGAGGUACCUUCUUAUCCUACAUGUGCUGCCCACUACACCUUCUGAAGGAUGGGUUAAUCAGGCCCAAGUGAGUCAGGUGGCUCAUCCACUGCUCCUCCCUCUCCAACCACUACUGAGAUGUUCUCUCUGCCUCCUGAUCAGUUAUAUGACAGAUCUUCUUUGUCUGUGCUCCUCCUUUAGACUGCCCUCCACAGUUAUGGUUUUUCUAUGUAUAAUAAUGACAGAAUAGUUCCAUCUAGUGUUCAACAUUCUGCCCAACAAGAUGAAACCUUGACAUUGCUUGUAUUUUCAAGAGUAAGUUACUAGUGAGAGUCAAUAGGUGUCAGUGGAGUCUCAUCAAUUUGCUCCUAUUCCUUCAAAAUGAUGCAUGCAGCAUGUCAACACUUUACAGGUGUCUGUGUUGUAUAAUUUCCCCCACCAAACAGAAUAUACAUUCAUUAUGUUUUAACCCUUUCUUGUCACAAUUGCAUAUUCUGUUUCUGCUUCUUGUAUUAACCAUUUGCAUUUAUUUUAUAUGAACAGACUGAACAGACUGUGGUUUUCCAAAGUGCAUUCAGGCAGAGUCAACCGUAUUCAACUGUAAAUUGUGUAGAACAAUAUAUAAUAUAGGGCUUACAAAACAAUUUAAUAUAUUCCCUUGAGGCAUUUACUUUAAAGGAUGAAGCAGUACAUCAGAUACAUACAACACACUUCAAUAAAAUCAACACUUGAGAUGUAAUUAAUUGUAAGAGUGCAUUUAAUAACUAUAAUAGUAUAAAAACAGUGCCAAGGGUUGGUCAAGGUUAAGGUCGGCUCUAGCCCAAUUCUAACACUACCUUCUUGUCCACCUACUGAAUUGACCAUGACCCUAGAAUUAACCCUAACCCUAGCUUCAGUUGGCACAAAUAAUGAAAAACAUUAGGAGAAGCAGGAUUAUGAGGAAGGCAGUUUUCUACUUGAUUAACUCCAGGCAGGAGUGAGAGGUUGAAUUUAUGGACCAAAUCGAGAGACAACAAUCAAUGCGUAAUAGGCUACAUGGUGAUGCCAUUGACCAUCAUUUACGUUAAUGUGCACUGCGAUGACAGAGAUUACGAUCAUGGUUGCAUCCCUUGUCAAUCAUUGGUAUCAAUCAUAAAACAAUCAUUAGUUGACUCUACUACUGUUUUAAAUGCAUUGUAAAGAUAACUCUUUGUGGCAUUGGUCAGCAUAGCCAAGGUCUAUAUUGGACUGGUUCAUAGGCUACAGUGGUCUGGGCCUUUCUUUCUGAUUUUGUUACAAACCCUUGCUGGAUAUAUUAUUUUAUUUUAUUCGUCAGAGGAGCUCAAUUUGGCCUGAACAUAAAAUAUAUUUCUCCAAGGCCCAUAACAACUACCAAAUUAUAAUUUUGAAAGGACUUGGAGAAGAAGGUAACAUUCUUUAAAGGAGACAUUUCAUGGUACCAAAUACAGUGGGGGAAAAAAGUAUUUAGUCAGCCUCCAAUUGUGCAAGUUCUCCCACUUAAAAAGAUGAGAGAGGCCUGUAAUUUUCAUCAUAGGUACACGUCAAAUAUGACAGACAAAAUGAGGAAAAAAAAUCCAGAAAAUCACAUUGUAGGAUUUUUUAUGAAUUUAUUUGCAAAUUAUGGUGAAAAAUAAGUAUUUGGUCAAUAACAAAAGUUUCUCAAUACUUUGUUAUAUACCCUUUGUUGGCAAUGACACAGGUCAAACGUUUUCUGUAAGUCUUCACAAGGUUUUCACACACUGUUGCUGUUAUUUUGGCCCAUUCCUCCAUGCAGAUCUCCUCUAGAGCAGUGAUGUUUUGGGGCUGUCGCUGGGCAACACGGACUUUCAACUCCCUCCAAAGAUUUUCUAUGGGGUUGAGAUCUGGAGACUGGCUAGACCACUCCAGGACCUUGAAAUGCUUCUUACGAAGCCACUCCUUCGUUGCCCGGGCGGUGUGUUUGGGAUCAUUGUCAUGCUGAAAGACCCAGCCACGUUUCAUCUUCAAUGCCCUUGCUGAUGGAAGGAGGUUUUCACUCAAAAUCUCACGAUACAUGGCCCCAUUCAUUCUUUCCUUUACACGGAUCAGUCGUCCUGGUCCCUUUGCAGAAAAACAGCCCCAAAGCAUGAUGUUUCCACCCCCAUGAUUCACAGUAGGUAUGGUGUUCUUUGGAUGCAACUCAGCAUUCUUUGUCCUCCAAACACGACGAGUUUUUACCAAAAAGUUAUAUUUUGGUUUCAUCUGACCAUAUGACAUUCUCCCAAUCCUCUUCUGGAUCAUCCAAAUGCACUCUAGCAAACUUCAGACUGGCCUGGACAUGUACUGGCUUAAGCAGGGGGACACGUCUGGCACUGCAGGAUUUGAGUCCCUGGCGGCGUAGUGUGUUACUGAUGGUAGGCUUUGUUACUUUGGUCCCAGCUCUCUGCAGGUCAUUCACUAGGUCCCCCCGUGUGGUUCUGGGAUUUUUGCUCACCGUUCUUGUGAUCAUUUUGACCCCACGGGGUAAAUCUUGCGUGGAGCCCCAGAUCAAGGGAGAUUAUCAGUGGUCUUGUAUGUCUUCCAUUUCCUAAUAAUUGCUCCCACAGUUGAUUUCUUCAAACCAAGCUGCUUACCUAUUGCAGAUUCAGUCUUCCCAGCCUGGUGCAGAUCUACAAUUUUGUUUCUGGUGUCCUUUGACAGCUCUUUGGUCUUGGCCAUAGUGGAGUUUGGAGUGUGACUGUUUGAGGUUGUGGACAGGUGUCUUUUAUACUGAUAACAAGUUCAAACAGGUGCCAUUAAUACAGGUAACGAGUGGAGGACAGAGGAGCCUCUUAAAGAAGAAGUUACAGGUCUGUGAGAGCCAGAAAUCUUCCUUGUUUGUAGGUGACCAAAUACUUAUUUUCCACCAUAAUUUGCAAAUAAAUUCAUUAAAAAUCCUACAAUGUGAUUUUCUGGAAUUGUUUUUCUCAAUUUGUCUGUCAUAGUUGACGUGUACCUAUGAUGAAAAUUACAGGCCUCUCUCAUCUUUUUAAGUGGGAGAACUUGCACAAUUGGUGGCUGACUAAAUACUUUUUUUCCCCACUGUAUAUCACAUUUAAAAAGGAAUCCCUUUGGCAGUUCAACUAAACAAUUGAAUAUACCAUAAGCUCCUCCCCUACUGCAGAGCCCAACUAUUAUGAGACUUCUCAGCUACAGUGGAUGGAACAUAACAUCUAUAACAGUCUAUUCUUACUCUAUACAUUAAUCACAAUGGCACAUUGGCUUAGGAAUACUGUACUUAUCCUGGCUGCAUGCUAUUUUGGUACAGUAUAGUGCUUCUCCUUUCUACAUUCUCAUUCUCUGAAAUAUUUAUUUUUCAGAUUGCAAAGGUGAAGAGUCUGUUGACCAGCAGAGUGGACAUGUUACUGCCCUUGAGGGAUGACUGGUAACACUCAGCUGUAACUACACUAGCAGUAGUCCAUCUCCUGAUCUCUUCUGGUACAUCCAGUUAACUAGGGACUCUCCUCAGUAUGUCCUGAGAAGAGAUUGUUAUUCAGAAGGGAGCAAUAGUGAUGAGUUCAAGAAGAGGUUUGAUUCCAGGCUGAAUUUCACAUCUAUCUCUGUCCCCUUGAUGAUCCAGAGGUUGCAGCUGUCUGACUCUGCUGUGUACUAUUGUGCUCUAAGGUCCACUGUGACAACAGGAUGGACAGCUCCCUUACAAAAAUAA